CCUUGGCACCCUACUCCUCCUCCUCUCGCCUCAGCUCUGCCUCCCUUUCUUCUCACUCCGACGCCUUAAAUAUCUAGUCUCCAUCAGUCUCCGUGUCUCCAAUACGAGUGAUCUCUCAUGCCUCCACCUCCCCUGUCACCCCCCGGGAUCCAAGCCAGCCAGCCAGUCAGCCCCGCAUCCACCGGCUUCCAAAAAGAAAAACUCCCCACCACCCCCCGAGAUGGACUCCACUUCCCGUAUCUACAUAACUCCACCACCGACGCCGCAUCCCCAGCGGCCGGCCGGCGUGGGUCGCGGCGGGAACACCCCCGACCGCACCGACCGCACCGUCCAAUACCCACUCUACUAUAUAUACGGCACAUCGCUAGUUUUCCCGCCCCCCCGGGCCGAUGCAGGUCUUGCACUAGCACGACGCCGCCACGCCGAGAUCAGGAUCAGGAUCCACUGUGGCGGCUGUCAGAGCCGGCAAUCUGUCUGGCACUGGUGGAUGGGUUGGUGGGUGGGUGUCCAGAACCUCGGUUCCGGGUCUGGCAUACGCACAUACCGUACAUACAACAUACACAGGGUAUUCUACGUACUCCACAUAUCUACAUACAUACAUACUCCACAUGCCAGAUCUUGGUACCACUGGAAUGGAAUGGGGUGCAUUCCGGGGGCCGUUUUAACGUCUCAACGUCGGAUCGGAAAUGGAAAGGGAAAGGGAAAAAGAUUUUUGAAGGGGCCGGUUUGCGGUUGCGGACUGCGACUUGUGGGACGUACUCGUGUUGCAACUUGCGCGGAACGAAAGCUCGGUCCUGAAGCCUGAUUCGUCCCCACGCGGAUCAGUACCAAGUAGGUUUUCUUCAUCACGCGUCAGCUUGGCUCCGGAGU